AUGCCAACUCAAGGGGAAAAACUCCAAGUGUUUACUGCUGCCACUAAAGAGGGCAUCACAAAGACGGCUUCACAACUUCACAAGAUAGACCCAGGCUUCAAUUUAGAUGUGCUAAUAGAUACGUCCAAGCCUUGCAAGAUUUCAAAGAAGCUAAAAAAAUUCAUGGAUAGUCAUACUCGGAAAGGCCACUAUCAAUUUAGCAUAAAAAAGUGCAAAGAAGAGAAUUGUGCUUGAAGAAUUCCCAGAACCCAACCUGAUUUGUUUGACAAGCUCCACCACUUACCUUAUCCGAUUCCACAUAGAGAUCAUUACAAAUCAUUUCAGGUAUGCUCAAAUGAAAUUGCACCACUCACUGCAUCUACUACAAAAACUGAAAGAUGUGUAUUUUAUAAACGUUGUACUUGUGUUUUAGGAAUUGUAUGGAAAAGAUGAUGAUAGCAAUGAAGAGAAGCACGUACCGUCUAACCAGCUGAAAGCUGCUGCCCGUCAUCGGAUGCCUUUUUCACCAUCCUCCCAUAAGUCCAACAAUGCAAAGACUGUUAUUCAGGUAAAUUUGGACUAAUGUUAAACCUAUUUGCUGUCGUUAGAGUAGAGAACCGGUGUUCUAAAAUAUCAGUGCAAUUAACUUGUAUAAUCUAUUUAAAUUUGUUUUCUUUAUCCAGUGUGAUGACUGUUUGAAGUGGAGAGUGUGUUACGCAAGCCAUGUGCUAAAGAAGAAUCAAAAACGUGAGCUGGAAAGCGAGCUGGACAACAUCGCGUACUCUUGUGGAUCUUGCUUUCAAGAUAUCGAAGACUACCAGGGUGGAAUCUUUGAGCAUGUUUACGUGAAUGACAAGCUUACUUGUGCCUCACCUAUGGAAACUCCAUACUACGUCACGUUUUCAGAUCCUUUAUGUUACUACUGUGGAAGCGAACAUGAUCUGACGUCAACUCCUGAAACGUACCCAAUAUGUGGUGGAUGUAAAGAACUGGGAACAUUGUCAAGAACAGAAUUAAGCGUACCUUCGUCCCAAAAGAAAAGUAGCAUUUUUAAUAGAGCUGUGUACUACAAAUAUUCAUAUUCGGUUUAA